AUGCGGCGGAAUCGUUCCUCUGGCUCCUCGUCGCCAUUCAGAGCCUUGGCUCACCAUCAGCCGCCCAGCGCCUCAGGAGACCCCGUCUCCCUCAUUCGCUCUUUCAAUGUCGAGACAAAUCCAGCCCGCCCCAUACGACCCUCACCCCUCACAGCAUCUACCAUUCGUGAUAUGCCCCUCGACUUGGUGGAUCGCCUACGGUCAUUUCCACUCUUUCAAUCCGCACCUGAAGACUUUCUUGUGGAAAUUGGCAACCACUUGAAACCCCAGGUUCAAGCUGCAAACGACCAUGUCGUCACCGAGGGAGACGACGCAAAGGCCAUGUACUGGCUCGUCCGCGGCGUCGUCGCUGUCACCUCUCGGGAUGGCGAGGCAGUUUAUGCGGAGCUCAAGUCUGGAGCUUUCUUUGGCGAGAUUGGUGUCUUGAUGGACGUGCCCAGAACAGCCACCAUUGUCGCCAGAACAAAGUGUCUACUCUUCAUCUUGAAGAAGGAGGACCUGCAGACAAUCAUGCCCAAGUUUCCGCUUAUGGAGCAAGCCAUUCGCGAAGAAGCACAGGAGCGUCUGACCCUCUUGAAGAAGAAGCGACAAGAAGGCAACUCUCUAGUAAAGUCUCCCAGCGGCGAACUCGGAACACGAAUCGCAGCCCCCGGCGAGGUGUCGCGAGGCGAGACCGGCGCUCUCAAAGAUGGUACCGUUGUAAACUCCAAAAAGCGCAAAUCUCCGAGUCCAGGCAUCAUUGAGGACCCAGCCGUUGGUAGCGCCAUUGGCAGCGGAUACGUCAACAUUCGCCAUACUCUCCGCGAACUACCCCUCUUCUCCAACCUCCCCAACGAGAUCCUCCAUUUCCUCGGCCUCAGCGCCCGACCUAAAAUGUACCCGCCCUUCAAGGACAUCGUCAAGCAAGGGACGUCUGGUAGCGAAAUCUUCUUCAUUGUUCAGGGAGAGGCCGAGGUCAUCCACCACUCCGCCAAAGACUCGUCAAACAAAGAUAUGCGUAUUCCCAAGAGACCUCGACUCAAAGCAGGCCAAUACUUUGGUGAGGUCUCUAGUCUGGGACUCUCGCGAGAAAGAACCGCCACUGUGCGAUCGAUCACUACCGUGGAAUGCUUGAUGAUACCAGGCGACACGCUGGAUGAGCUCUGGCGCCGGUGCCCGGCAGAUAUCAGGGCCCAGGUCGAAGAAACAGCCCGAACAAGAUUAAACCAGAAAGGAGACGACGUUGAAAUGACCGAUGCCGACGAUAAACUUCGUUCAGCAUACUCUGACCCACCAACACCAUCUACACCUACAAAGCCACAGCCGCCACACCUCACGCUGACGAACUCAUCCAAGCCGGCCUCACCUACCAAAGAUGACUCAGAUCGCAUGGAGCCCAAGGAUCCUGAUCCCUUCUUGAGCGUCAACAUGGAAAAUUUGCGCAACAGAAGGCGUCACUCUCUGGCGCCGCCUAUUCCAACUCCUGACCACUCCAGCAGAUUGAACGGUGGUCUACCUUCGCCAGACGGUACAACGCUCAAAUUUGCCUUUUCACGAACCUCACUCGACUCUGAUCUGCCUUCAAAGCGCGCGAGAAGAAGCUCCCGCCCAGUAUCUGGGUCAACAGGCCCUGUGCUCUCCGACCCCAUUCUCGUCCGCAUAUUUGAAUAUUUUGACGUUGUCGAGCUACUCAAACUUCGCAUUGUGAAUAGCCACUGGCGACGAAUCAUUACGACGCAUCAAGAUGUAUGCCGAAACGUUGACUUGUCCACAUACAACCGGCAUGUUACGGAUCAGGUUCUUACGCAAGUUUUGGCACCAUUCAUUGGCACCAGAGCGAGAAGCGUUGAUCUCAACAAUUGUUUUCAUAUUAGCGACGAUGGCUUCUCGACUCUGUGGAAGAGCUGCGGCAAGAAUGUCCGAUCCUGGAAGAUGCGAUCAGUGUGGGAUGUGUCGGCCAGCCAAAUUCUGGAUAUGAGCGAGAACGCCAAGGAGCUACAGGAAGUCGACUGGAGCAACUGCCGCAAAGUCGGCGACAACCUCCUCGGACGUGUCGUCGGUUGGGUGGUUCCGGAGCAUUCACCAACAAUGCAGAAGAGGGUCGUGCCACAUUCGAACAAGAAGUCGAGAUCACGACACCACGCCGAACCGGUCAACGAGAAUCCUCCUCCGCCGGGCACCGUGAUUGGGUGCCCCAAGCUUAAUACGUUGAACCUUUCUUACUGCAAACAUAUCACCGACCGAUCGAUGGCUCACCUAGCCGCACACGCAUCGGACCGGAUACGUUCACUUUCACUUACACGAUGUACAUCCAUAACAGAUGCGGGAUUCCAGUCUUGGGCGCAAUACAAAUUCGAAAAGUUGACGCAGCUUUGCCUCGCAGAUUGCACAUAUUUAUCUGAUCACGCAAUCGUUGCGCUGGUCAAUGCUGCCAAGAGUCUGACACACCUCGACCUCUCAUUCUGCUGCGCUUUAUCGGAUACAGCGACAGAAGUGGUAGCACUCGGACUUCCAAAACUGCGUGAGCUGCGCUUGGCGUUUUGCGGCAGUGCGGUCAGUGACGCCAGCCUGCAGACCAUCGCGUUGCAUUUACCCGAAUUGGAAGGCCUGAGCGUACGUGGGUGCGUGCGGGUGACUGGAAAGGGCGUGGAGAGUUUGGUCAAGGAAUGUACUUGGCUGGGCUGGCUUGACGUGAGCCAAUGUCGAAACCUAGAAGGCUGGCUCCGGAGUGGCGGCCCUAUGAAAUGGGGCUCUUCGACUCAGGCACAGAGCGAAUGGUCGUCAGACGAAGAGGACGAAGCGCCGAGCUUCAGUCCGCCGAGCUUUGGACCCAAGGUGAUGAGCGUUAAUAAGCUCACCAGCACAUCGAGCUUUGCGCGACGCUCAGGGCUAGGAGGAAUGGAAAGAAGAACACGAAAGCCUGUGAAAUUUAUUGUGGAAAAGGGCUCGCUUGGGCUGAGAUAG